AGCCUGCCGGGCCCGCAGGAGCUGCUGAGGCUGGUGCGGCCGCCCUACUCGUACUCGGCGCUGAUCGCCAUGGCCAUCCAGAGCGCGCCGCGGCGGAGGCUGACGCUCAGCCAGAUCUACCAGUACGUGGCCGGCAACUUCCCCUUCUACAAGCGCAGCAAGGCGGGCUGGCAGAACUCCAUCCGCCACAACCUGUCGCUCAACGACUGCUUCAAGAAGGUGCCCCGCGACGAGGACGACCCAGGGAAAGGUAAUUACUGGACUCUGGAUCCAAAUUGUGAGAAAAUGUUUGACAAUGGGAACUUCCGACGGAAGAGAAAGCGCCGCUCUGAGGCCAGCAGCAGCUCCACAGUGGCUGCAGGGACAUCAAAGUCGGAAGAAGGGCUGUCCUCAGGAUUAGGGUCUGGAGUGGGCGGGAAGCCAGAAGGAGACAGCCCCUCCUCCUUGCUGAGGCCUGCCCAGUCCCCAGAGCCUCCUGAGGGCACCAAGAGUACUGCCUCAUCUCCUGGAGGAUCCGUGCUCACCUCCACCCCUUGCCUCAACACUUUCUUCAGCAGCCUCAGCACCUUAAGUGUCAGCAGCAGCGGGAGCACCCAGCGAGCUCUCCCUGGCAGCCGCCACCUAGGGAUCCAGGGGACCCAGCUGCCCUCCAGCACAUUCCCCCCCAGCUCCAUCUCAGAGGCCUCACCAGACACCUUGCAGCUGAGUAACAGCAGCGGCAAUAGCAGCAGCCAGAGAUCUUCCUAUUACAGCCCUUUCCCUGCCACCACCAGUGGGGGCCAAGGCAGCCCCUUCAGUAGCCCUUUCUACAACUUCAGCAUGGUCAACAGCCUCAUCUACCCCCGGGAGGGCUCUGAGGUGUAG